CUCUGGAAAGAAGUUAGUGAGUCGACAUUGAUUUGUUUAUUGUUUCGUCAAAAAUAUAUAAUGUUCAUUAUUGCCUGUCUUGUUGUAUGUGCAUUGUUUUUUUUGGUUAAUACAUGACUCCCUGGCUUAACGGCUGAAGAAACAGCUUUUAUUUUGAAGUUCGUCACCGGAAGUGGUGUUAAUGGCGGUUUUUGCUGUCUUGACUCGCGUGCCUCGUUGACACAUCUCCUCCUCCCUCUCCUCCUCCUCCUCCUCCGCUCCGCUUCGCCAUUGUGUGUGGAGCUCGGCGAGUGUUGAGGUCGAGGCACCCGCACGGACGGUGGCGGAGCAGAAACAGACAAACGGACUAACGGCUCGUCUCUCCUCCAUGUUCUUCUCCUUCUCCUCGUCCUCGUCCUCCUCCUCCUCCUCCUUCCUCCUGACCGUCCGCCGCUCCGCUCCUGGCCUCACCGACGACACCCAUGCAGCAGAGGAGACCCUGGAUGGGACUAGCUACAUGUGAUUUAUGUUGGGUAACGGGGUGAAGCGGAAACUGGAUGAGGAUGAGGAUGGUUUGGAGGAAGACAGGCGUCCUCUGGCAGUCGGCGGCAUCUCGCAGGCGUCCUACACCCUGCAGCGUCAGACGGUCCUCAACAUGUCCCUGAUGAAGCUGUACGGUCCACGGAUGGGCGCCGACCUCGGCCUGCAGCGCCGAGUCCUCAUCAACAACAUCAUCCGCCGCAUCCACGACGACUUCAGGCAGGAAGGAGGCGUCGGCGCUCUCUUCUUCUCUGCUGCACCGCCCGACGCUGCUGCCGCCGCCACCCGUGAGGAUGAAAGCUACCGACAACCUCCGCCUCCUCCCUCCUCCUUCAGCAUCCUCUCAUCGUCACUGUCGGGACUGACGCCGCUGGACUCCUGCCUGACUCCCGCCUCGCUGCUGGAGGAGGACCUGCCCAUGUUCUUCACCCUGCCGCCCUCCUCCUCUACCCAACACCACCACCUGCACCACUCCCUAAGGCCGCCGCCGCCCUCGCAGCCCACGCCGUCACCCAAAGACAGCUUCUCUUCAGCCCUGGAGGAGAUCGAGGAGCUCUGUCCUUCCUCUUCGUCUUCCUCCUCCUCCAGCCCACCGUCACCCCCUCCUGCUCGGGUUCUGUUGGAUGUUGUCAUGAAGGAGGAUGGGCGGGGCUUUCAGGAGGUGGAGAGCAGGUUGGAGAAACCUCCUUCACCUCCUCUUGCUCGUCCUCCUCCUCUUCCUCCCUCACCGUCCUCCCCGGGCUCCUUCCUGACUGACUUCGCCCUGGACGACGUCCUCUUCACAGACAUUGACACCUCCAUGUACGACCUCGGCCCCUGCCCGCCCCCGUCGGGAGCGCCGUCAUCCAAGAUGUCUCCCGCCGUGAUGGCCGACGACCUCGUCCGGUCGAUGUCUGGGUACAGUGCGGCAGGGGCCGGCACUCAGAACCAGCCUUUUAAAAUGGAUCUGGCUGAGCUGGACCACAUCAUGGAGGUGCUGGUGGGCAGCUGAGAAGACGAGACGAGGAGACGUUUUAUAACUUUUUGUUAAUUUUGUACAGUUUUAAAGUUACAGCGUACUUCACACUGGCCUUAUUCUGGGGGAUUCAAGCUGCUGAGUGUAGAGUUUUAACAUCGAUAAAUUCUGGUACAUUCAUUUACUUACAUAAGCUGUAUUUCACGCUUUGGGUGGUCACGUAGAGAGAAAUCUGCUGGAUCCUUUUAUUGAACAAAACAGGUAGAGGGCGCUGUUGUUCCAGAAGAGACGGAGCUAAAGGUUUCAGAGAUGGCAGGUGGUUGUAGUAAUGAAAGAGCAAUGGAAAAAUAUUGCUUUAACCUGUUUAUCCUUUUCACAAAGAGGAGGGGAGUGGCAAGAAAACGCAGUGUAAAGGCCUGGUCACACCAGAAAGUGGCACAAAGAAAGUCCGUGUGUCUUCGUGGCUCGUGAUGUAGUGAGUAUGUGCAGAGCUACGGCUAGCUAACCUCUACAGAUGGCUCUGGCCAUCAUGAUAGCAUUAAUUUUAGCCAACAUGCUAGCACGAGUCAGUUACAAAAGCUUUCCGAGCCUCUUUUCUGUUUUCUCUGUACUGGGCUGUUUACUCCCUUCUGACAUUUUUUUUGUUCUCAGGAUUGUUCAUUUCAUUCAAUCGAGAGAGAAAACAAGCGCUCCGAGCUAGCAAGCUCGCUAACUGCCAUGUAACAAACACGUUAGCUCGGUCGCUAACGGGACAGUAAAGCCACACAAAGUUUCUGUUGCAGCAGGUUUUUCUCCGACAGAGGAGGGUCAGUAAAACCGGAUGAUGCAACAGCAACCAUCCAUCUUGGACUGCUAUUGGUCAAUAAGUUAAACUUGACACAAAAACAUUUGUGGAUUUACUUUGUCCUCUCAAGUGAAUCCACCGAUUACAGCGAUUACACUGAAACAGGUACAGGUACACGCGACCAAUCAGAUCCCACUUUGUUACAUUUUAGCUUACCAAGAUUUACUAAUGUUUUAAAUAAAUACACAGAGCAACUUUAAUCACUGAGUUAAAGUAUUGGAAGCACACUUUCAGACUGUGCUACAUGCUGAGGAUCCACCAUGUGAAUAACUUCCUUACAAAAGUGAACAGAAACACAAACAGAAGCUCAGACUUUUGUCUUCCAGUGAACUCAGGUGAACUCCAGGUUCAAUAACGCUAAUGUGAAGUACCGUCCUGUUUUCUACCGCUGUCCGAGAAUUGUAAGAAACAAAAUCUCCAGAGACUUUUCUACUAUCUGUGCAUGUUUUUACAAAUGAGGGGGGGGGGAUCUCAAUAGCAGUUAUGAAAAACAAAACAAUUCAGUGCCUUUUUGAACCUCUAUCACUCUGUCGCGUCUCGCUGUUGCUCGUCACGAAGCAAUAUGAACGCUGAAGGAAGUUUUAUUCCAAAAUGCAGUUUAAUUACCUAAAAGCCUGCAAAAUGGAUUUUAUUUUAUCAACAAAGAAUGUGAAAGUCUUUUAAAAAGUAACACAACGCGUGUAAAUGUUGAGCUGUUUUAUCUGUUUGUUGUAGAUUUUGAAAUGAAAAUGUAAAGGAUGAGUCUGCUGUGUUAUGUUAUGUAGUUUUCUUAUGGUCAACAAAUCCCAUGAAAAGACCAAAACCAACAAUGUGUUAGUCUGUCAGGGUACACAGAAACAACUUGUCAGUAGGAUCAAUUAAUUGUUUGUUUUGUUCUUUUCAUUGGAUUUGAUAAGACAGAAAAAUAUAUAAUAUCACCGGACUUUAAAUUUCUUGUUUAAAACUAAAUUUGGCAGUUAUCUUUGUUGAGAAAUCAGAGUAACACGAAUCACAGCAAACGUCUUUAGCUUGCUCGUUUAGCCAACGAUAUCAGUCACACUUCCUGCUUCGGACCACAUCGAGUUUGUUUCCACUGUCGUUGGUACAAUUUGUCACAGUUGUUGGGUGAAAACCAACUUGUAGCUUCAGUAGCACAAAGGGCCGAAAAUCACAUUGGUUGAGUUAAACCUCGAUAAGGACUGAACUAAGUCAGCGAAUUAGCUAACUGGAAAUCAAAUGGGAAAGAAGAAAGUCACAUAUAAAUAUGAAUAAAAAUGUAAAUGCUAAUAACUUUAUUUUUGGGUUAAUGUUUGUCAGUUGGAAGAUUAGCAUUUUAGAUAACUAGCUUAACUAUAGCCGGCUAUAGCCUAGUAUCGCUGUUUUUGGACUUCAAAGGUUAUCAAAGAUAACAAGCUACAAAUAAUUUGUAGAAAACGUAACUUAAAUUUUCUUGCACUAAACUGAUAUUGUAUGUUUAGCUACGCUAGUAGCUAUGCCAGCGGCUCACGGAGCAUUUCUGUGUUUUCAAACUUUCAAACUAGUUCGGCUAACAAAGACAAUGUUGUCUAGCUUGUGAACAUUAGCAGAGCUAACUAGCACACACAGACCUUGCUUGUCACAUGAAUCAGCUUGACCAACUACGCGUUAGCUGUCUCUGUGCUAGCUUGUAUUUUAGUAAAAAUAACACAGAACAUGUUUCAAAACCACAAAAAUAUCAGGGAUGUAAAUAUUCCUGGGGAUAAGAAUAAACUGAAGCCAUGUAGGAACCGAGAGCUAAAGGUCUUUCUUGCUAGCACGUCUUUUUAAGCAAACCUAUAUAAUUGAAUACGGACAGAUUCUCAUUAUUGCUAAAGGAAUAGUUUAACAUUUUGGAAAUACACUUAUUUACUUUCAUAUCUGUGUGUUCAGUACAGAGCUGGGGUCAGGGCGUGGUUAGCCUAGCUUAGCGUAAAGACCGGAAACAAGCGGAAACCAGCACCUCUAAAGCUCAUUAACAUGUUGUAUCUUGUUUGUUUACUGCGUACAUAAACAGUAAUGUAAUAACGACAAUUUGUAGCAUAUGGGGGGAGUUACAUGCUGUAUCUCAGUUUGUUUAUUCUGUACACAAACAGAAAUGCAAAAAACACAGUUUGUGGUUUUAAUGGGAGUUUCAUGCUCCUGUGAAAGCUUGUUUGUCUUCAUCUGGUGUUUUUAAAUGAGCUUCAGUCUAAUUUUACUUAGCCAAACUCACUUUUAACUCUGUUUUAACUCAACCAAUGAAAUUAUUUCUUACUAAAAUAAAAGUUUUAAGAGCGUAACUACAACCUGGGGUAAAAAAAAAAAACCUCGCAUCUGGAAAAAGAAAUGUAUGUAGUUUAUGAUGUGACAGCUCAGUUUAAAGAAACAAAAGUUAAAUUGCAAUAACGGAGGUAAUGGUCAGCGAUGAUAAUACGAACUUUGAAAUGCAGGCGUUCCCUUUUGCAGAAAUACACAACUCUAUGAAUUAUUUAUUAUCUCUCAGCUCUUGUGUAUAUUUAUUGUAACUCUGGACACUAAUACUUUGUUUGCACAGAACAUAAAUUGUGUUAUUCUUUGGGAUGAAUCCACCAAAACUGAUUUCUAAAUUGAUUUUAACAGUAAAUGGAAAAACUCACAGCAGAAAAGAGUUUUUGAGUAAAAUGUCGAAGCUUGCAGAAGAUCAACUCGGAGGUCAUUUUUGGUGGAAAUCUACCGAAAUUUACCGUCAUUUAAUAAAUGAUUGGAGUUUUUUUUUUUAAACUAUGUAAUAUAUUAAGGAUUUCAUCAAUGCAAACACACUCAAUUCAACCUAUGCCACAGCUCUAAUGUGUGUGUGUGAGAGAGAAAGUUAUGAAUGGAUAAACACUGGGCCAGUUUUUUUUUUUUUUUUUUUUACUUUAUUAACUUGCGAUCUGUAUCUUGGUACCUGAUGUGGAUCAAAACUCAUGUUAAUGCAGCUGUAAACGCAUCCAGAACACAUU